AUGGAUAAUCACGCAUUUACUGUUCAGCCUGGAUCUCUAGUGCCGCCACCGGUUCCGGGAAGUGCCACUCAAUGGAUGGCCCCAUUGCCACCGAUUCCGAAUUGUCCACCCGGGCUCGAGUAUUUGACACUAAUCGAUCGGAUCGUUGUUGAAGAGAAAAAAGACUUGCUCGACGUGGUGAUUGGCGCUGGAUUACAGAAAUACGUGGUUUACUAUGCGUACCACGAGCGGCCCGAUUGCGAGAAAAUGUGCUCAGGCGAUUUUCCGGGCUUGUCCACGUUUAUGAUCGACAAUUUUCAAAGGCAAGUGAUGCGACUCUUCCGACCCACCGAAUGCAAGCUCACCUGCACGGCGCAAAUUGAGACGUUUAUCGAGGCCCCAAUUGGGACAAGGAUCGGCUCCGUUCGACACAAAUCCGGCUUUUGCAAUAGGGAUUUCUGGGUGACUGAUGCUGAAGGGAAAUCGGUGCUACAAAUCCUCGGCCCAACUGAUAAUUGGAAAUGCUGUGCUGAGUACAAUGAUCGAGUUUUUAAGAUCACAACACUUGAGGGUGCGGAAAUUGGUGAGAUUCGCAAAAAGUAUAUGGGCUAUAUGAUGGAAACAUACACUGAUAUCGAUAAUUUCACUGUGAAUUUUCCUAUGGACUUGAAUGUGCACACGAAAGCGACGCUCAUUGGCGCCACUUUUAUUAUCGACAUGUUUUACUAUUCAAACAAUCAAGCAGGAAACCGUCGAAAU